AACUGGCAAAAAAUUACAAAAGGGAAAAGAAAAAGGCAUGUAUGCAUAAGACAGACUGCACACUGCAGAGGGGUUAUAGUUCUUCUUCUAAAACUCUACCGCUCCAUCUUCUUCUUCCCAAUACACCCUCUCUCUCUCUUUCCAUGUCUUCUACUUCUUCUGAGGAGACUUCUUCGGAAUUAGGAAACAAAGUAACAGAGCAUUCAGAAAUGGAAUUUGACAUUGAAAACCCACUAACCAGUCACCAUGGUAUUCACUCCGACACUUUCCCUUCUCUAUUCCUCAUCGAAUCUGAUCACAUGCCUUCCCUUUCCUACUCUAAGUCCGUCAAAACACCCGCCGGCAUCGGCUUUUCUUUCCGCCAGGAUGCUGUUUCUUCCAUUUUACAGGUCUGUUGCUGCUUCGACCCAUUUUUGUCCUAUCUCGCAGUUAAUUACCUCGACCGGUUCUUGUCAACCCAAGGAAUGCCGCUACAAAAGCCUUGGGUGGUUCGCCUUCUCAGAGUGUCUUGCGUCUCCCUGGCAGUGAAAAUGAUGAACAGAACCACAGAGUUCUCUCUCAAUGAUAUUCAGGGGAAUGCCAGUCAUGGAGGACUUAUGUUUGACACAGAGACGAUUCAGCGGAUGGAAGCUCUGAUACUGGGAGCUCUGAAAUGGAGGAUGCGCUCCGUCACUCCUUUCGCCUUCCUCUCUUUCUUCAUCCAUUACUUCAAACUCAAAGACCCACCAUUGAAACAAGCACUCAGAACCCGUGCUACUCAAACCAUCCUCAGAGCUCAGAAUGAGGGCAAGAUGGUGGGAUUCAAACCGUCGUUAAUUGCAGCAUCGGCGCUUCUUUCGGCGUGCCAUGAGCUCUUCCCGUUGCAGUUUUCGUGCUACAGAGAUGCGAUCCUCAGCUGUUCAUAUGUAAAUAAGGAAAUGAUGGAAGAGAGCUACAGGGAGAUGCAAGAGGUGGCAAUGGAAGAGUACGAGUCAGUGAUGGACAGAGUGUCCAGCUCCGAUACGCCGGUCAACCUGCAGAUUGACCGGCAGCUCUUCUUCUGCUCAUCGGCGUCGUCAGAAGGAGAAGAAGAAGAAGAAGCGAAGCAGAAGAAUAUGAAGGACGGGACCAUUGAUGAUAUCUCUACUGCAGCUGCAGCAGCAUCAUCCACCACUAGCACUAGUAUCAGCAGCUGCUGCAGCGAUGGCGGUACUAUUGGCCAAGUUGUGGCAGUGGACAAUAUUAUGAUGACGGAGGCCAUCAACCGCAACAACUCCAAAAGGAGGAAGAUUACUACCACUGCAACCACCACUAAUUACUGUAAUAAUCAUGAUGAUGAACAUAAUAAUGACGCCACUGCUGCUGCUACUCCUGAAAUCUCCCAACGGCUUUCUGAUCCCGAUAUUGCUCCACAUCAUCAGUAUCACUACAACUGCUGAUGAUCAGUACUACUCUACGCUGCUUAAGCUUUUAAAUUAAAUAAAUAGGAAAUUUAUUA